ACUUGUUGGUGAAAAAAAAUACCGUGAACCAUUUUCUGAUGCUUCUCCUUUACCAAAAGAAUAUCAAGAUAUUGCAAAAAAAGCUGUUGAUCAUGAUCCAAAUUAUAGGCCUUCAUUUACAAAGAUAUUUACCGUAUUACAAGAUCUAUAUAUGAAAACUUCUUCUAAUUCUAUUGGUUCUUCUAGUCCUAUUGGUUCUGUAAGACGACAAAGAAUCUUGUUGAAAGAUUUCAUUAAUUCUCUUUCUUUAAAGAGUAUUACUUACUUACUAUAUAUUUAUUUAAAAAUCAGGAAUGGAUCAAAAAGAAAAUGGAGGAAGAAGAUAUUAAUUACUUUGAAUAUAAUGAAUUUAGCAAACCUAUUCCAAUUGGUAAAGGAGGAUUUGGCUUUGUGCAUAAAGCGGAAACUAAUGAUAAAAAACAAGUUGCAUUGAAAGGUCUCAUAGAUUCAGUAAUCGAUGAAAAUGUUAUUAAAAACUUCGUAAAAGAGUUAAAACUUCUUCGUAUGGUCAGCUAUCAUGACAAUAUUAAUAGAUUUCUUGGAAUAACAAAAGAUAAUAUUGGUUAUGUUAUGGUAUUGGAAUACGCUAAUGAAGGAAAUUUAAGAGAAUAUUUAGAAAAAAAAUUUGAUUCAUUACAAUGGGAGAAUAAGAUUCAAAUGGCAUUAGAUAUUACACGCGGAUUAUUAUGUUUACACUCGAGGAACAUAAUUCAUAGAGAUUUGCACUCAAAAAAUAUAUUAGUGAAUGACGGUAAAUUAUUAAUUGCAGACUUUGGAUUAUCUAAACAAUUAACGGAAGUUACAUCUAAUUCAACAAGUAACAGGAUGGGAAUUAUUGAAUAUGUUGAACCACAAUGUAUAAGGAAUGUAAAUUAUGUAAAAGAUAAAAGGUCUGAUGUUUAUAGCUUAGGUGUUUUAUUAUGGGAGAUUACAAGUGGUCGACCUCCUUUUUGUCAUAUGGUAGAACGAGAUAUGUUAGGUUAUCACAUUAGUCGUGAGAAUCUUAGAGAAGAACCAAUUGAAGGUACGCCUUUAGAGUAUCAACAACUUUAUCAAAAAUGUUGGGAUGGAGAUCCGGAGAAAAGACCCGAUAUUAAUCAAAUAUAUAAAGAAAUUUUAAGUCAAUCCAAUGUCAAUGAUAUUAGCGAACAAUCCGAAGAUUCAUUAGUAAAUAAUGAUAGUCUUGAUAAUUUAAACAUACAAUCAGCCCAAUCAGAUCUAUGCAUAAAAACCGAAUUGGUAUUAUAAAUAGGUUAUAUAAAUGAGAUGAGAUUUAAUCAAAAGAUAUUAUCUUCGCUUUUAUCAAAAGAUAUAUAUCUUUUGUAUUUUUCCAUACAGAGUCCCAAUAUUUAUUAACAUCAAUCAAAUGAUUCAAUCAGCUAUAUUGUUAUGGUUUCCAUAAACUUGCUGGAUUCAAAGUUAGCUACAUAAUAAUUAAAGACCAUUUGAUGCUUGUUUAUCUUUCCUGAACGUGAGAUGUAAUCUUCAGUUGUUAACUCACACUUCAAUUCUGCUAUUUGCCUUCUAUGUUAAGAUUUGGUGUUUCUUUUUGGCCAUCACUUGAAUAUCUACUAAGGAAUACUAAUGAAUCAUGUACUGUACAGUGCAAUAAGUAUAGCACCUAGAAAUUUCCUAUUAUAAUAUGUUUUCAAACAUCCUCUUUAAAAAUCUUAUUAAAUUUUUAUUAAUCAGAGUAUUGAAAGCAACAGCAUACAUCAUAAGACUC